AAAGUUCCAGGGGGCCCCAGCGCAGGUCAAGGAUUGGGGGGCGGGGCCGGUGCGGACGUGGGAGCCGGCGCCGGGCACUGGAGGGGCCAUGGAUGGGCUCGGCCGCCGCCUCCGAGCCAGCCUGAGACUGAAGCGCGGCCGCGGGGGACCUUCUCAGAACAAUACUGGGGAAGCUGCCACAGAACCAGAGAGGACCCAGGAACAUUCCCUGUCCAACUUUGCUGGAGGCCAGCACUUCUUUGAAUACCUUCUUGUUGUUUCUUUAAAGAAAAAGCGUUCAGGGGAUGACUAUGAACCCACGAUCACCUACCAGUUUCCCAAGAGGGAGAACCUGCUCCGGGGUCAACAGGAGGAGGAAGAACGGCUGCUCAAAGCCAUUCCUUUAUUCUGCUUCCCCGAUGGGAAUGAGUGGGCACCCCUCACAGACUAUCCCAGGGAGACCUUCUCAUUUGUCCUGACCAACGUGGAUGGAAGCAGGAAGAUUGGAUACUGCAGGCGCCUCCUGCCUGCCGGUCCUGGCCCUCGCCUUCCCAAAGUAUACUGCAUCAUCAGUUGCAUCGGCUGCUUCGGCCUGUUCUCCAAGAUACUAGAUGAAGUAGAGAAGAGACACCAGAUCUCCAUGGCUGUCAUCUACCCAUUCAUGCAAGGUCUCCGAGAGGCAGCCUUCCCCGCACCCGGAAAGACUGUCACCCUUAAGAGUUUCAUCCCUGACUCAGGCACAGAGUUCAUCUCACUGACACGGCCCCUGGACUCCCACCUAGAGCAUGUGGACUUUAGUGCUCUGUUGAACUGUCUGCAGUUUGAGCAGAUUAUUCAGAUCUUUGCCUCUGCAGUCCUGGAAAGAAAAAUCAUCUUCCUGGCAGAAGGUCUCAGUACCCUGUCUCAGUGUAUCCAUGCUGCAGCGGCUCUGCUCUACCCCUUUAGUUGGGCACACACGUACAUCCCUGUGGUCCCCGAGAGCCUUCUGGCCACUGUCUGCUGCCCCACCCCCUUCAUGGUUGGGGUACAGAUGCGCUUCCUACAGGAGGUUAUGGACAGUCCCAUGGAAGAGGUCCUGUUGGUGAAUCUUUGUGAAGGAACCUUCUUAUUGUCGGUUGGUGAUGAAAAAGACAUCCUACCGCCAAAACUGCAAGAAGACAUCUUGGGCUCCCUUGGUCAGGGGAUAAAUGAGUUCAAGACUUCAGAACAAAUCAAUGAGCAUGUUUCAGGCCCUUUUGUGCAGUUCUUUGUCAAGACUGUGGGCCACUAUGCGUCCUAUAUCAAACGGGAAGCCAGUGGGCAAGGCCACUUCCAAGAACGAUCCUUCUGUAAAGCCAUCACCUCCAAGACCAAGCGCCGAUUUGUGAAGAAGUUUGUGAAGACACAGCUUUUUUCCCUGUUCAUCCAGGAAGCAGAGAAGAGCAGGAACCCUCCUGCAGGCUAUUUCCAAAAGAAAAUACUUGAAUACGAGGAACAGAAGAAGCAGAAGAAAGCAAAAGAAAAGACUGUGAAGUAAAAGCUGUGGUGAGCAAGUGUCUAGAGCUACAGGCCAAUUUGGACUUUGGCCCUUCUGGUGUGACAGGAUCAGCCCUGGAAUCCACGGCCUCCUUCCAACUGGUAACCCAGUCUUGCUUCAAAGUGGUGUCUGAGUUUGGAAUCCUUGGUGUCAGAAUUCCUCAGAACUUUGAGAGCUCUCAUCCCAUCUGAACUCAUUGAACUGUACUCAAAGCUGCACCUUUAGCAGAAUGGACACAGUAGGAAACAGCAGUACAGCUGCAGGUGUUUGACUAGAAGUCGCCACCAAUGCCAUCUUCUGGGAACCACCGUUAUAAAAUCCUCAGCGGAGAACACUGUUGUGGCCCAACGACACAUGUACAAAAUUGUCGUGACGUGAGGAUGAGAAUAAAGAUAAAAACCUUGU